AUAAUAUAUGAAAUAUUAUGUAAAUAUUUAUAAACAAAGCAUAUGCUUAUCUUAUACUUAUAUAUGGAUCUAUGUACAUAUAUUUUAACCUCCAAAUCGCCAGGCUGUGAUCUCCAACAACUUUCUUGUCAACAUAAUUAAGACCCAAAUUAGAAAAUUCUGAACAACUCACUUAUGCCGUGUUUAUCGUUGGACGGUCUGAAAGUGCUACAUGCCACAAGAACAUGCAAGACGCUCAAUGCAAGGCACAAGACUUCAGCGGUCGGUCAAGUUGUUCCUAUUACUGGACCCACACGGCUGGGUGCCACUGUGCUGAGUUUUCACAAAUUCUUUUCGCAAUUUUCCGCAUUUCCCCCGCUGUGGCGCACUGUGCACACUUGCUGCGCUUAGGCCUUCGCACAUAUACAUGCCUUUGUUUAUAUAUAUAUAUAUAUAUAUAUCAUAUAUAUACUUUUGUACAUAAGCGCGUUUAUUUUUUUGGUUUCGUGAUUUUUUUGUGCCUCUUCUUCAAUUCCACCAGCGCAUGCACAUCUUUAUGACCCGCUGUUUCUCCGCGCUGCCAUAUAAUUUAUCCAUGUGCAGCACCCCGCCUCCCUGUGCACACAGCCCGACGCGUGUAGUGGUGCGCGAGUGCGCUCUCAACGCCCGUUGGUUUGUUGGCUCUCAAUUAAUUUUUUUUUUUAUUUAUUACAGUUUUUUAUGCACUGCUUGUUGUUUUUGUUGUGUUAUUUUUAUUUUCAUUUCACUCGGAGGCGCGCGUUUUGCGCUCAAUUUUUAUAUUUUCCCCAAUUUGGUUGGCCUGCCACAAACACUCUCACACAGUGUGCUCUUCGCUAGUACGUGUGUGUGUGUGUAUGCGUGCGACUGAGCGUCGAGUAGAUUUUGUAUGUGUUUGUGUGUGACACCUUCGUGUAUGUUUGUGUGUGUGGCACGUUCAUACAGCUAUGUAUGUGUUACGCGUUUGUGUGCCUGUGCAAUCACUCAUGCAUGUGCGCGUGUGCUUGUGCGCCGUGUGGCAAGGAGAUUGCUUGCCACAAUGGAAAAAUGGGAAAUUUUUACUGUGGCUGUUGUUGUGGCAAUGGUGGUUGUUGAUACCUGCCACCAGUCAGCUAGCCUUGACUGUGCUUUGUUGCAACUUGUGUGUGUUUUGUUGUCUGCCUUUUUGCCUUCUCCUUCGCCGUUUGCCGUCGACAUUUGCCACGGCACCCUUAGCCGGCCAAUGAAUCGACCAGCAAACCAACCACCGCUACAACAACAAAAUGUGACAUGCCACAACAACAGCAGUGGCAGUAACAAUAACCGUACCAACAACAACAACUUUUGAAAAAAGGAGAUUUGUGGCACGAAUGUAUGUAUGGUAAAAGAGUGGCGUGUUGCAAGUGUGUGUGUCGCGUUGCAAGUGUGUAUGCGUGGCAGAGCGUUUCAAUUUUACUUGAAAUACUGGUGAUGAUCAGUGCGGAGAGUCAGUUCACUCAGCGACUUUAACGUGUUAGGAACAUUUUCCUCGGAGCAAAAGAAAACGAAACGAAACUUUUAAAAUUAGAAAUCUAGCGAACGCGCGCCGAAACGCACGACAACCGAUUUGGAUUAUUUCGGAACGUUUUUGAACACUUCAAUAAUUUUCGAAAUCUAACAAAACUGAAAAGGUGCAAGUGUAUAAAAUUAACAACAACAACAACUUAUAAUGCCUUAGCGGCGGAGUGUGUUUCAGAAAAAGCAAAACGAAGAAGAAGAAGAAAAAGUGUUACAAGUAUUGAAAACAAACGUAGUAACUUCAACGAAAACUACUCGCGUGUAGUCACCGAAAAUUUGGAUUAAAACCACCACAACAACAACACAGAAACAAUUAAAAGCUGGCACAACACGAGGCUUGUGCAACCAAGCUGCAGUUCUUGCCACAAUUUGUUAACACACGUAAUCUCAAAAUUUGCGCACCCACAAUGCACUUACCGGCUGGUCCCACAAUGGUCGCUGCGCCCGCGCAACUCGCCAACGGUCCCGCGCCGCCUAGCGCGGUGCCACAUGCGACCAGCGGCGCGCCCACACAUAUGCCCAGCUCGGCCAGUUCGACGGGCUCCUCCACACCGGAUAACAACAGCAGUAAUAACAACAACAACAAUAACAGCACAUCGGCGAAAUUGCCGCCCUCCAUGACCGAUAUGUUUGCCAGUCUACACGAAAUGUUGCAAGAAUAUCACGGCGAAUUAGCACAGACCGGUUCGCCAUCGAUUCUCUGUAGCGCUUUGCCGAAUCAUUGGCGCUCCAAUAAGUCGCUGCCGGGCGCUUUCAAAGUGAUCGCUUUGGAUGAUGUGCCCGACGGCACACUGGUCACCAUCAAAUGUGGCAACGAUGAGAACUAUUGCGGCGAAUUACGUAAUUGUACGGCGAUUAUGAAGAAUCAAGUGGCGAAGUUCAAUGAUUUGCGCUUUGUCGGACGUUCGGGGCGUGGCAAAUCAUUCACGCUGACCAUCACUAUCGCCACGUACCCGGUGCAGAUAGCGAGCUACACGAAGGCGAUCAAAGUGACCGUGGACGGACCGCGGGAACCAAGAAGUAAGCAAAGUUAUGGCUACCCACAUCCCGGCGCUUUCAAUCCUUUCAUGCUCAAUCCUGCUUGGCUCGACGCCGCCUACAUGACAUACGGCUACGCGGACUACUUCCGCCAUCAGGCCGCGCUACACCAUCCCGCCUUGGCAAAGAGCUCACCCACAUUGCCCACAAACGGCAACACUGGCGCUACAGUCGUACCGCCACCACCACCACCUGCAAUAAACGAUUUCCACUCCGCACAAUUGACACCACCGCCGGUAGGCGCGCCACCUAACACCGCUCUCGGCAUGAUACCCUCACCGCCUGGUUCCUCAUACAGCGUAGGUAUGCCACAAUUCCCCUUCAAUCCUGUCGCGGCGGCCGCCUUUCAUCCAUACAACCUCGCCGCCGCCGGCCUGCGUGUGCCCAGCCACAAUCUGCACAACACAUCGAUCGGCAGCUCGCAUGGCUCAACGGAACACAUCAGCCCCGUGCACAUAAGUCCCGCCUCGUCGCGUCCCUCAUCAUCUUCGCCACCCGCACACGCACAUAACACCAGCACCACCAGCAGCAACCACAAAGCCAACACCUCGCUGGAGCAGUCGCUAUCCGAUGCUGAUCCCGAUGUCGAUUCGGAUGAUGAACAAAUUGACGUUGUUAAAUCCGCUUUCGUGCCCAUACUACGUCCACCAAUUGUGCCGCGCACGCUGCCGUCCGCCGUUGAGGAGUUGGAGAAGUCACAACAGAAGACGCAGCAGCCUCGCAUGCGUUGCGAGUUGAAAGCGCCCUCCGCAAUGAAGACGCAAUGUCAGACGCGUCAAGUUUCGCCUAUCAUAACAGCCGCUACCAAGCUGAAGGCGGCAGUGAAUGCUACAAAAACCGUAUGGCGUCCCUACUGAAACCCCACACACUCCGCCGUCGGAGUUGUUCUACAAACUAUAUGGAAAGCAGCGCGCAGCAGCGGUGGCACCGAUUAGAGUUGAACGCUCUACUGCAUUGGCGCUACCGAGCAGCAGCAAAUCUGUACAAAACUUGAGACGCGCGCCGCCACUUGUAUGGCACUUGUGGUACGCAUACGAAAAUGCCGACGGCAAAUGCGUAGCAAGCGCAAACGUUGGGACGGUGUUCACGUGCGGCACAAGAACUUAUGUGGGAUCUCUUAGACGACUCCAGCGCUCCAGCUUUUCCACACAUACGCACACACACACCGUUACGCACCUACUGCCGCACGCACUUGUGAUAAAGUUUUGAAUUAUUUCGCAUAAUUCGCCCCGUCUGGAGCAGAGUGGAGUGUAGUUGAAAUAUUUUGUGAUAUAGUGUUAAGUUUUACGAAUGUGGCAAACGAAAAAGGCGAAAAAUAGAAACACGACAAUGUGUGCCAUUGUGGCAUGCAACAAGGACAUCAGCGCGGUCGCUGAUGUCGCUGCUGUUGCGGCGAUGCUUUGGUGGCAUGGAAAUUAGCAUAUUUAAGCACCGGUUUACUCAAAUGUACCUACUUCCUUCACACACACACACACACAUACACAAACGAGCGCAAGCCUCUCGCACACACACACACACAUACACAUGAAAGCAAAUUGUCUUUGCGUAAAAUUUUUUAGAAAACGCUUGUAUUCGCAUCAUUAAAGGAAAGGUCCAUCGGAUUUGGUAGUUGCCGAGAUUCAACAGUGUAUACACACAUACAUGCGCACGCAAAUAUCACAGGCGCACCCAUAUGUUUGUGUGGGCGUGUCUGCGCUUUGUUGAAUCUAUGCAAAUACUCGAUUUAGUUUGGAGAAAUGCAAACAUAAAUUUGCCAGUGUUAUCGGGCACAGCAUAUUAAUUUACUUUUGAUUCUUUAAAAUUGCAACCAAUUCGAUGUUUGUAAAUAUUCUCUUAGGCUUAAGUUGCAAAUGGAGACGUUUGUGUUAACUGUAUAUAUGUACAUACGUAUGUUUGUUUUUUUAUUAUAUGAAAUUUUUUUUUUUUUUUUAAUUAAAUUUUUAAGUUUUAUUGCAAAUGUUUAGUGUUAAGUUGUUGGCCGAAGUAAAGAAAUAGAAGAAGCGAAAACAAAACUCAAAUAACUAACGAAUUUCUUGCGAAUAGUAAAAAACACAAAAUGAA